AUGUCAGUAGUUGAUAGAACAGCUACCCAGGAUUGUAUUAAAAUUUUAAUGUCAAAACAAGACCAUGUUACUGGUAUGGAAACUUGUGAAUUUACAUAUGAAUGGACAAUGAAUGACAUCAAAUAUGACCCGAUAAGAAUUCAAUCGCCAAAAUUUUCAUCUCAUUAUUCUGACUUCAACGAUGAAUGGAUUUUGGAAAUGGAUCCGACUUAUAGAUUGAUAAAUGAAAUGAGAUUACAACAAUUGAGUGCAGACUUGGAAAAACUUUUGUUAAAUGAAAAAUUAGCUGAUGUUACCAUUAAAGUUGGUCAAAAAUCAUUUCGUGCAAUCAAAGGCAUUCUUGGAGCACGCAGUCCUGUUUUUUCUGCAAUGUUCAAUCAUGAACAAUUGAAAGAAAAUAAAAACAACGAAGUGGCCAUUGAAGAUAUUGAAGAAGACGUUUUUGAAGAAUUUUUACAUUUUAUUUAUACUGGUGAAUCACCAAAUGUUGACAAAAUGCCAAUGGAACUACUUGCUGUUGCUGAAAAAUAUCAAGUGGAUUGCCUGAAAAAUAUUUGUGAAGAAGUAAUUUGUGAAUCGAUAAAUGUUGAUAAUAUUGCAAGUAUAAUCGUUUGUUCUGAUAGAUAUAAUCUCAAAAAACUAAAUAAAAAAUAUUUAGAAUUUAUGAAAACAAAUUUACGAGAUGUUGCGGCAAAUAAAACAUUUCAAACUUGGAAACUUUUGUUAAAUGAAAAAUUAGCUGAUGUUACCAUUCAAGUGGGUCAAAAAUUAUUUCCUGCAAUCAAAGUCAUUCUUGGAGCACGCAGUCCUGUUUUUUCUGCAAUGUUUGAUCGUGAACAAUUAAAAGAAAAUAAAAACAACGAAGUGGUCAUUGAAGAUAUUGAAGAAGAUGUUUUCGAAGAAUUUUUACAUUUUAUUUAUACUAGUGAAAUGUGA